UAUUUCUUUUUUCUGGCUCGCUCGAGGGAGGUGAAAGUGAAACUAAAACGAAACCGGAGUUGAAGGGGAAAACCAACGAUCAAACUCUACUUUCUUGGACAAAUUAUCAGAAACGAGCAGCACCUGGCAGCACAGAGAAGACAGAUGAUCAUGUCUAACUUCUCUACAAUCUACAAGCUGUCUCUGGUGGCAGCUUUCUGCUUCGUCCAAGCCUACAGCAGCAGCUGUCCGCUGAUGGAGUGCUGGUUUGUGCAGGAGAAGGUGGGUCGUGGAGGAGGUUUAACUGCACCUACAACCCAGGAAAAAUCCCUGCUUCACAUCCGGACGGACGCACACAGUCACAGUGCAGAGUCCCUUAAGGCUCCGUCCGACAUCAGCCCGGACCGGAUCUACUUUAUUACCGACCCAGCCGGCACUCUCUGCCACCGCUCUCUGAACCCUUCAAAGGGCUCCAUCAAUAAGCCCCUGUGUGAGAUAAACCCCUUCCUGCCACAGCCCUCCACCCUCAAAUGGGUCGCUGCGCUCACAGACUCUGCCACAAGUCCAAUAUACCUGCAAGCUGAUUGGUUUUCAACUGCCCAUCAGGGCCUCGAUGAACAGCUGACCGUUUCCACGAUCACACGAGCUCCCUCAGGAACCAGAGAGCACGAUGUGAUCCUGAGUGUGACCAGUAAAACGGUUUCUGUGCAGUCCAGACUCGGGGAACCAGUGCUGCUGGACUGCGGCUUCUGGGCCGACCCUUCCUCACCUCUGUCCGGGUCGGGUUUUGCCGUGGAGUGGCGCUACCAGUUCAGAGGCAACGGACGACUGGUUCUGGCUUACGACGGCAAGACGGACCGCUUGGCUGACGCACAAGAGGAAGGGGCCACUCUGGACUACGAGGAUUUGCACAAGAGGGGAAAUGCGUCCCUGAUCCUGCAGGAAGCUAAAGUGCGUCACUCCGGGUUGUAUAUUUGCACAGUGUAUCUGCCGUACGUUGUGGCUCAGGUUGCGGUGAACCUUGAAAUUGUAGAACCUCCAUCCCUCUCCAUCCAUCCAUCUCCUCUGCCCCUCGCUGUUCCCGGACAGACCUUGUCUGUCCAGUGUGAGGCGUCCGGUUUUGCCCCCCUCUCGUUGGAGCUGAGCUGGGAGUUUAAAGGCGCUGAUGGGAAGUCCAGGCCUCUGGGAUCAGGCAGCGUGACAGGCCACAGACAGGCCACGGAUGGAACCUAUAGCCAGAGCAGCCGGCUGGAGCUCGAUACCACUGCGCUGGACCUGGGGAGAGGAGGGGAGCUCACCUGUGUGGCUGCCCACUUUGGUGGCACACGACGGGCCAGCGUGACCCUCAAUGUUAUCGGCUUCAGUGCGCCCUCCAUUGAGGACUCAAUGGCGAUGGUUGGUGUGGCGCUCGUGCUCUACGGCCUCAUCAAGUUCGUCUCCUGGACCUUCACCAGCUCAGACUCAGAUGAGGCUGAUAAACAAGACAAGAAAGACAAGUAAAGAAGGAAAGUGAAACUGAACCACCGGACCUUCCUGUGUGUGAUAUCCUGGUUUGGGCUCCUGGACUGACUAUCAGCCCGUUCAUUCAGGCUUCUAGCUGAAGCCAUUUUUUAAAGCAAGUGUCGUGAUAAAUCUUUUCUUUUUUUUUUUUUGGUGAGAUCAUUCAGUUCUGUGUUGUUUGUCAUUUUCAGUGUUUUGCACAAAUAGUCAGAAUACUUAGGAAUAGAGAUACCUUUGUGCAAGCCAGCAGUAACAGUUUUAAGAGGGCUUCUGCUCAGUCUGAACAUGCAUGUGGUGAUGUUUUUUAUCACUGGCUAAUUUAAAGCAAAAUGGUGGUUAUAUUGGCCUCCUGCUGUUUACCGAGUGUGUCGUUAUGAACACUGGAAAAGGAAACGGUAUUCUGUUGAAAUGUCAGGUUUAGUUUGGAGAUGCUUUCCCAUGACGCCAUAUGUUUAAGGCAAACAACUAUUAUCUUUGUGGGACUAGAGAUGACCCUUUAUGUGUGUGUGUGUGUGUGUGUGUGUGCGUGCGUGUGCAUGUGUGUGGGUGUGAAUAAGAAAGACAAAGAACUAAAACAUCCUUUUGUAAAUGAUCCAGAACAGGAAAGUUAAUAUCUGACUAAACAGUGAAUCUGAAUAUGUUUGUAAAUACAGAGAAUAUAAUGUAUGUAUAUUAUGACUGUAUGUGUGUGUGUGUGUGCGUGUAUGUGUGCGUGUGUGUGUGUCAGUCACAGUAGUGCUCUCGUCAUGCGUUGCUAGAAAUGAUGACCAAUCAGCCUGGGCUAAUGCAAAAUUAAACUUCCUCAGAAAUGUGAAGGAAAUGGUACAAACAGACUGCUUAAAUGUACAGAAGGGAAAAUUCUAAAUUUGUGUCAGAAUUUAAAAUUCACAGAUGAAGUCUGCAUUUUAAGUGAAACAGGCCUGCUUCUUCAAACGUGCUGCCCCCAGUCUCCUGUUUGGAAAUGAUUGUCUCCUUUCAAAUAUGCUGAUAUUGAUUAAAAAGGGGGGAAAGGUGCCUUCUAUAGCUUGAAGUGUUAUCACAGAGUGUCAUGGCUGUGUUUUUGUUUUUGUUUUUUGGGGUUUUUUUUGCUGCAAAGUCAGCAGGGAUGACAAGUUUCUCAAUAAAAUCCUUCAUAAUGACCA